ACCAGAAGUCGCGAGUAUGGACCGGUAGCAGCAUGGCAGUCACUCCGUGGCAGUUCAAGUUCUUCGACGUCUCGCAAGUCAAGCUCCCCGACGACGAGAGCUCCUUCCUCUCCGAGAUCGGAAAUAUAACAUGCAUAAUAUCCGGAUCAGAGAGCAUCUUCUUGGGCAGCGCAGAUGGCCUCGUCCGAAUCGUGUCGCAGACCUUCAAGGUGGUGCGCGCGUUCAAGGCCCAUGAUGCGGGCGCAAUCACCCACAUGAAGCAGAUCGAAGGCACUUCUUUACUAGUCACAAUAGCCGAAGACUUGUCCGAUGAGCCGGUGCUGAAAGUAUGGGCACUGGACAAGCUGGAGAAGAAAACAGGCAUUCCACGGUGUCAGAGUACGCUCACUAUUCACAAUGGGCGCAAGCAGUUUCCCAUAUCUGCCUUUGCUGCGCUGGACGACCUGUCGCAGCUUGCUGUGGGUUUCGCAAAUGGUGCCGUCACUGUUGUGAGAGGCGAUCUUAUACACGAUCGAGGAGCGCGACAACGGACUGUGUUCGAAUCCGAGGAACCUAUUACUGGUAUUGAGUUUAGGGAAGGGAAUAUCACCACCCUCUAUAUCGCGACGACCGCACGCAUUAUGACGCUCGUAAUAUCCGGGAGGGGACAAGGGCAGCCGGCGAAAUCACUCGAUGAAUACGGCUGCGGCGUGGGUUGCAUGGCUGUCGACAAAGCCUCUCGAGACGUCGUUGUCGGAAGGAACGAUGCGAUUUACUACUACAGCCAGCACGGCCGUGGACCACCAUAUACAUACGAGGGCGAGAAGAAAAUGGUCUCCACAUACAAAGACUACGUUGUAAUUGUUGCGCCUCCCAAGUCCAACGCGAUGCCCAGGUCCAACCCGCUCAGAGCGUUUGGCAUUGGCGCUGCGGAUGAUGCGUUCAACACCUCGAGUUUUACGCUCCUCAAUACGGAGCUGAGAUUUGUGGCGCACCAGGAACAACUGUCGUCCCAAGUCAAGGCUGUUAUAUCAGAAUGGGGCGACCUUUUUGUGUUCACGAUUGAUGGAAAGAUCUACCGAUAUCAUGAGAAGCCGUUCGCGCAGAAGCUGGACAUAUUGUACCAGCGGAAUCUUUAUGUGCUAGCCAUCAAUUUAGCCCAGAAGGCAGGGCUUGAUUCGUCACAGCAGAAUGUCAUUCUGAGGAAGUUUGGCGAUUACUUGUAUUCAAAACAAGACUAUGAUACCGCUAUGCAACAGUAUCUGAAAGCAAUCGACAAUACUGAACCUUCUCAGGUCAUUCGAAAGUUUUUGGAUACCCAACGAAUUCACAAUCUGAUUGAAUACCUGGAAGAGCUCCAUGAUCAUCAUAAGGCGACCUCAGACCAUACAACUCUACUCUUGAACUGCUACGCGAAACUUAAAGACGUUGAGAAGUUGGAAGAGUUCAUCAAAUCUCCUGAUGACCUCAAAUUUGACCUAGACACAGCCAUUUCGAUGUGCCGGCAAGGGGGCUAUUACGAUCAAGCUGCCUUCCUAGCACGGAAACAUGGCGAACACGAGUUGGUAGUCGACGUACUCAUCGAAGACUCAAAACGAUAUGCGGAAUCGUUGGCUUAUAUUUGGCGAUUAGAGCCCGAGGUAGCGUACUUCAACCUCAUGAAGUAUGCUACCGUACUGUUACAACACCUACCAAAGGACACUACUCAACUCUUCAUCGACUACUACACUGGGAACUUCAGACCCAAGAAGGAUGCUAUCAUCAUUCCUGAUGUUCCAUCGUCGGGUGGAAUAGGGAUGGGGCUUGGUGUAGCCUCAAGCGCCGUGCAGAAUCUCGCCGCUCUACUUCCCCUACCUUACAUGAACACCAGCGCAUUAGCAUCUCCUCCCACAAAUGAGCAGAAGAGCACCAUGAGUCAAGCUCAAAUUAUUGAAACGAACACGGAUGAGCCCCCGCCAGAGUACAAGGUACCUAAACCACGUACCGCAUUCUCAGCUUUCGUAGACCACCCUCAAGAGUUUAUUGUCUUCCUUGAGGCAUGCAUCGAGUCGGAGAAUCUGCGGGAAGACGACAAGGUGGACCUCUAUACCACACUCUUCGAAAUGUACUUGCAUACCGCAUCCUCAAAGAAAGAUGGCGAACGGCAAGAGUGGGAAAACAAGGCAAAGAAACUUGUCGAGGGCAAGGACAUACCGAUAGACAUCUCGAACAUACUCCUCCUCUCGCAUCUCUCCAACUUCCGCGACGGCGCAAUUCUUGUCCGCGAGCAGCAAGGACUGCACUUCGACAUUUUCCGCUCAUACACCGCCGCGAAAGACACACAAGGCGCCAUCCGCGCCCUCCGCAAAUAUGGCCCAGAAGAACCUGCACUCUACCCCGCCGCCCUUGCAUUCUUCACUUCCUCACCCGACAUCCUCGCCGAAGCAGGUGACGAGCUAGACAUGGUUCUCAAGAAGAUCGACGAAGACGGGCUCAUGGCUCCCCUACAAGUCAUUCAGACCCUCUCUGCAAACGGCGUUGCUACAAUGGGAAUGAUAAAGUCCUACCUCAGUACUACCAUCGAGCGCGAACGCGCCGAAAUCGCCUCCAACCGCCGCACAAUUGAGACAUUCCGCUCCGACACGGAAACCAAGAAGACUGAGCUGCAAAAUCUGAAUACCAAACCUGUCGUUUUCCAGGCCUCACGCUGUCAAGUGUGCAGCAAGCCGCUCGAGCUGCCUGUUGUGCACUUUUUGUGUAAGCACAGCUUUCAUCAAAGUUGUUUGAGCACGGAUGAAGAUGUCAAAAAUGCAGAGAUCGAAUGCCCGAUCUGUAGUAGUAAUAAUGCGACGGUCAAGGCGAUUCGAAGAGCGCAGGUAGAGAGUGCAGAGAGACAUGAUAUGUUUCAAGAUGCUCUUAAGAGAGGCAGGGAUGGCUUUGCGGUUAUUAGUGAGUGGUUUGGAAGAGGUGUCAUGGGUGUGGGUGGAGCGGAUUAGGGAGUUGGGUCCAUAUGGAUCCAUUGGAGCGACUUGAGUGUGUAAACCUACUAUCUAUUUCAUUGAAGAUGCUGCAAAACUCAAAUCGCUUUUCAGAGAAUGCGUCCAUACAUACCAGUACUAUAAUGUGGGCUAAGGCGAUCACUAAGUAGUUUGAGUUAUAUACGUUUGGCCCAACAUCUGCCCGUGGACCCUUCCCGAGCCCCAC